AGAGCACAAAGAGUAUGCGUGAAAAGUUUAAGAAUUUGGAGAAGACCGGUGGAACAACGUUCGACAAAGAUGACGCUGACAAAAAGGACGCAAAACCAAUCGAUCCUGCCACCUCGGAAGCCACGCGGUCUGCUAAGGCUCUCUGGAAGGAUAUUGAAAGUGGGAAGGCGGAGCCGGUCAUAGAGAGAGCCAAAGUCAGUCUUGAUGUAAGUUUUCGGUUUUCUAUGCCUAGUGCGCAUCCUUUUCCCGUGAUAGAGAAAAUUCAUCUCAGGCGGACGUGGUUAGGACCCAGCACACGGUACACCCUACUUGAAAAUAAUCACCCUGGGCCAGAGUCAGUCCCAGUUAGCUCAGUCUGUUAUGUUUGCGUGUUUGUAGGGUCAAAAAAACAGACAGGCAAAUCGCUAUAA